AUGCGAGAAUCAAACUCGAAGGUAACAACGAACUCUGUGCCAAUGAGCUCACAGCGUGUGAUUAAGCCAGGAAUCAAGAGGAGACGUCCACCAUUGGCUUGUAUCCAGUGCUAUCAGCGUAAGCUGAAAUGUGGACGUGAAUUUCCAUGCUGCAGCCGUUGCGUGAAGACAGGAAACGCAAACAGAUGCACCUACCGUAACAAGUCAGCAAAUACUUCCUCAUUGGAUGGAUUCUCUCUAGAUGGCCAUCAGGGCAGCGGCGCUGGUGCUAUGACAAUGCCCCUGCAUACCCCAGUCUCCUUGACAGAAACCCCGGAAAGACCGCCGGCCUCUUCCAACUGGAAUGGAAAAACAACGCAUCUAAAGGGAGAAGAAAAUAUCACCAAAUUCUAUGGGUGUAGUUAUCCCCUGAACUUUUACCAACAGUUUACCGAACUGCGAUCCUACAUCAUCCAAGUAAAAACAAAAAACCCAGCAAUCAACGCCAUACGUGACGAGAUUUAUCCCCUUGCCAAUGACGGCUAUCGGAUUUCUCCUUUGGCACAUAAAGCCGUGACUGCGGACACUUUGAGGGAACUGAUUCCCAAGAAGCCGGUAGCGGACACAUUGGUGCAGACGUAUAUUGACCGAUUCGAGGUCUUACACCGAGUACUCGAUAAAUCCACUUUUAUAGCAGAGUACAAUCGCCAUUGGUCCAAUCCGCUGUGCACGCCGACUUCCUUCGUGGUGCAGCUCCUUUUGGUUACAGCUGCAGCUGCAAUCUUUCACCCGGAAAUCUACAUCGAUGCUGCGACCCAACAAACCGUCUAUGACCAUGCAAUUGGUUGGCUGGGAGCCGCGGAUUCAUGGCUCAAUUCCCCAGCUAAUCAGCCUCCUCAGUCCUGGGACAUUUUAGCAGGUCAUUGUCUCCUGCUCAUUGCAAAGCGUGCAAACUAUAUCCAAGAGGCCUCCUUCUGGAUGUAUACUGGAGGACUCGUUCGCUGGGCCAUGGCAGCAGGAUACCACCGUGAAGCUUCUCCAGCAGCGAGGAUAUCGCCUUACCACCGGGAGAUGCGUCGGCGGCUAUGGGCGACAAUCGUUGAGCUCGACCUCCAGGCCGCGGUAGAGCGAGGCAUGCCCCCAAAUAUCGGAAUAGAAGACUUUAACGCAAUAUCUCCUCUUAACAUUGAUGACAACAAGCUCCAGGAAAUACAGGAGUCAGGUCACAAUUUACCGGAAGGCAUGCCACGCGACAUAUUGACAGACACAUCGUUUCAGGUCCUGCUUUACAGUUCUUUAACUGUCAGAUUGGAAAUAUGUGCGCUGGUGAAUGGAUGCCGCGAGCAAGACGACUUCCAGCGUGUCUUGGCCCUUGGAGAGAAGCUAGAAGUAGAACUCCAGAAUAUCCCUGAAUGGAACAAUCCUCGAAACAGUCCACGACAGCAGCAAACUACAAUGUACGUGAAGAGAGUACUGAACAUCCAUCUGUACCAGUACAUACUCUUGUUGUAUUUCCAAUUCGCAGUUCAAGCUUCACCUUCAUUCAAGUCUAAGAUAUGUCGACGUGCGAGGUUGGAGGCGUCGUUGAAAGUACUUGAUCAUUAUCAAAAGCUUAUAGUUGAUGAAAAGGUACCGGAACAAGCUUGCAGGACGGGAUUGGUUCUUGCAGCGUUGAAUGUUUGUCAUGAGAUAUACAAUGAAAUUGGACCGCUCAUCACUGUGGCAGUAUUUCCCCAGGUCUCACCAUUUCUCAUAGCCACAGCUGAGAAGGGCCUUUAUAUCCUUGAAAAGAGAGUCAAUGUGACCCUUCAGGGAUUAAAUGAGUACUACAUACUCAGCAUGAUACUCGGUCUAGUCAAGUCUCGGUUGUGGCCAGAAUCACGCGUAACAUCCGAUCAAGAAGCAGCGGAUAGAGUGAUUCGCGUAUGCACAAUGUUGCAGAUGCGGCAGGCUGUCAUUCAGCCAGAUUACUUUUUGCCAGGUUCAGUCAGCAGUCCACGCCGGCUUGACUUCCAAGAAAAAGCAAGCUCGAUGCUUUCGAACGGUACAACUGACUUGCUCAAUUCAAUCUUUUCGGAGGACUUUGAAUUCAUCAAUGAUAGUAACGGUUACACCUUUUUGUAGGCCAUUUGAGUCAGAUGUUCUACCAUUGCAUUCU